AUGGCUUGGCAAGCGACCCCUCUGAUGAAAUGGCUGGUGGGUUUUUCCGUGUCCGCGUCCAUGGUGGAAUUGGCGGAUGACCGUUCGACGCGGCAGGUGUACGUGGUGAAGGUGAACCCUCUGAAGUGCCCACAGGUCAUCGGCAGCCUUAUCGACCUGGACUGCUCAGAGGACUUCAUCAAGACUUUGCUGCAGAAUGUCCGGGCUGCUUGCCCAGCAGAGCCCCUCGUGGAGCAGAUCGAGAAGAGGAACCGGCUGCGCUUGCUGCUGCCUUGGCUGGAGGCCCGAGUGGCUGAGGGCAACCAGGACCCACACCUGCACAACGCCAUGGCAAAGAUCCUCAUCGACACGAACCGCGACCCGGAGAACUUCCUGAAGACCAACGCCUUCUAUGACUCAAAGAUCGUGGGCAAGUACUGCGAAGACAGAGACCCCCACUUGGCAUACACGGCGUACAAGCGGGCCUGGGGCUCCUGCGAUGAGCAACUGGUGGACGUCACCAACCGGAAUGGCCUCUUCCGACUGCAAGCCAGAUAUCUGGUGGAGCGGCAGAGCCCGGAUCUGUGGGCCUUGGUGCUGACGCCAGACAACCAGUACCGCCGCAACGUGAUCGACCAAGUCGUUAGCACCGCGUUGCCGGAGUCCACCAACGCCGACGAGGUGUCUGCCACAGUGAAGGCGUUUAUCAGCGCGGAUCUGCCCAACGAGCUCAUCGAGCUGCUGGAGAAGAUCGUGCUGCAUAAUUCCGACUUCAGCAAGAACCGGAACCUGCAGAACCUCCUGGUGCUCACGGCCAUCAAGGCGGACAAGGCGCGUGUGAUGGACUACAUCAACCGCCUGGACAACUACGAUGGUCCGGAGAUUGCCAAGAUCGCCCUCGGGGACCCCUACGGCUUGUACGAGGAGGCUUUCCUCAUCUACAAGAAGAGCGGGCAGAACGCCGAGGCUAUGGAUGUGCUGCUGGAGAACAUCAACUCCCUGGAGCGGGCUCAGGAGUUUGCCGCGAGGAUCAACGACAAGCCCGUGUGGUACAAGCUGGGCAAGGCGCAGCUGGAGAACGGCAGCGUGCCCGAAGCUGUGGACUCCUACCUGAAGGCUGAGGACGCCAGCGACUACCUGGAGGUGAUCCAGGCCGCGGAGAGGGAGGAGAACUACGAUGAGCUGGUGCGCUACCUCACCAUGGCGCGGACCAAGGUGAAGGACUCUCAGAUCGACGGCGAGCUGGUCUAUUCCUACGCCAAGACUGAGCGCCUGGGCGACAUGGAGGAGUUCAUCAGCGGUACCAACACGGCCAACAUCCAGGCAGUCGGAGACCGGCUCUACGAUGAGAAGUUCUACAAGGCAGCGAAGAUUUUGUACGCCUCCAUCCCGAACAACGGGCGCUUGGCCUCCUGCCAUGUGCAACUCGGAGAGUACACUCAGGCAGUGGAGGCGGCGAAGAAGGCCAACAACCCCAAGACUUGGCAGGAGGUGAACCUGGCCUGUGUCAAGGCGGAGCAGUUCCGCUGUGCAGAGAUUGCAGGCCAGCACAUUAUUGUUCACCCGGACCAUUUGGAGGAGGUGAUUUCCCAGUACGAGAAGCAGGGCUGCUUCGAUGCGCUGAUGCAGCUGCUGGAAACCGGGCUCAGCAACGAGCGUGCUCAUGUGGGCAUGUACACAGAGCUGGCCACGAUGUAUGCGAAGUACAAGCCAAAGAUGCUGAUGGACUUCAUCAAGAUGAACGUGGCGAAGUUGAACAUCCCCAAGCUCAUCAAUGCGUGCGAGAGGCACUACCACUGGGAGCAUGCCGUGUUCCUGUACACGCACUAUGAUGAGUACGACCAGGCGGCCAACACGAUGAUGGCUCACAGCCCGGUGGCCUUCGCGCAUGACCAGUUCCUGAUGAUCAUGCAGAAGGUCUCCAACAUGGAGCUCUACUAUCGUGCGGUCCAGUUCUACCUGGAUGAGCAGCCAAUGCAGCUGAACUCCCUGCUGAGCACCAUCACGCCCAAGGUGGAUCAUGCUCGUGUGGUUCAGCAGGUCAGGAAAGCGGGCCAGCUCCCGCUGAUCACGCCCUACAUGAAGCAGGUGCAGACCCACAACAUCGCUCCGGUCAACGAGGCCAUCAACGAGCUCUACGUGGAUGGCGAGCAGUACGAAGAGCUUAGGAAGAGCAUCGAGGAGAUUCGACAACUUCGACCAGAUCGCGCUCGCGCAGAAGCUGGAGAAGCACGAGCUCAUCGAGAUGCGGCGCAUCGCCACGCUGGUCUACCAGAAGAACAAGCGCUACAAGCAGGCCAUCGAGCUCGCCCGCAACGACAAGAUGUACAAGGACUGCAUGGACAGCGCGCUGGCCAGUGGGAACCAGGAGCUGGCCGAAGGCCUGCUCAAGUACUUCGUCGACAGUGA